CGGUGACCUCACAAAAGUCUCCAGCUUCUCCACAGGCUGAGUCCCUCCGCUAUGGCCCUUCUGGCCCCAGGGAGCGCUGUGCCGUCCGCCCUGGUGGCCCUCACGGUCUUCAGGGCCUCCGCCUGGGCCUGUCUCCUCUGCUUCACGUCUUACAACGAGCGCCAACAAAUCUGCCAGAUGUUCGCCGGCCUGGAGAGCCCCGACCUCGGGAAGUGUGAGGAGGCCUUAACAGAUGCCUUUAAGGGCCUCCUGGACACUGAAAUCAACUACGAUGAAAGGAGCCACCUGCACGACGCCUUCACCCAGAUGACCCACUCCCUGCAGGAGGUGGCCGCUGCCCGGGGUGAGUGGGGCGGGGCCGGCAGCGGUGGGAGAUGUGGGCUUGGAGCCCCCAGGAGAUGGAUGUUUGUGCGGGGAAAGCCCAGAACUUGAUCUUGAAGUGAUCUC